AUGGGCGCAGAGUCGUCUUCAACUGAGGGAAUACUUUUGGAGAAAAAUCUCACUUCGAUCGGCAUUGAGGGGGCAGUAGUUCCUGAUCGGCUCAGAAGUAAUGCAUCACGGUGUCUGCAGCCAGUGGUUCAAACGCCUUGCCGAUUAUCUCAUACUCAAUCGUUAUCCCAGUGGCCAUUAGGUUUCGAUAAUUCUCCUCUAUUGAGGAAAUAUUUGCCAGAGCAAAAACCGAAACCAAAACCGAGAACUGAAGCAGGACUUAUUCGUGGUCGUAUUACUGGUACGAAUUGCAAAAUAUCGACUGCGACAUCGACAUGUAUCAAUUCUUCUGUUUCCACCUCCGAUAUCACAGUAUUGAGCCAGAAAUACAUGGGGAACCAUAGACAUGGCCUGAAAAGGGAAACAGAUCGAAAAAAGGAUAAUCCACAAAAUUUGCUACAUAUAAAGCCAAGCUCUAAUGAAAUGAGCCACUGUAACAGUCCAUUAUUUAUGGAAUUGACGCGGAGACAUGAAACGUUGCAGAAAAGUUCAAGACGGGAUCAUCUUUCACAGGUACAAAGCACUGCAGGUAUAGUUUCGACGAAUAAUAUUUAUUCUUUGAAUAACGUUAAAGACGGUUCUCUAUUAUCGUUUUCUGAUCGCCCGUUUAUCAUGCCACGAAAAUUUAAGAACAGGAAUUCGUAGACAUUUCAAAACUCAGGUCAAAAAUUUUUUAAGCUUGUGGAUUCUUUUAACCAAACUGCUACCGGCGAUUCUAAUUAAACAUGUAUCAAUAGGUUCUUGGAGACAGCCAAAAGUAGUAUUGACAUGAAUUUUAUCGUAGUUCAGAAAUUCUCUUGGAAGUUUAAAUUUUACCACAAA